GCACGAGGUGUUUAUCGAAAACCAAGUAAAAAAUAAAAUAAGAAAAGAAAAGGGCAGUCGUACAGUUGUUGCGGCAGUGGAAGCAGACGAGGGAAGAUAAGGAGGAGGCGGGGGCGCAAGGACGGCGCAGCAAGGAGCAAUAGAGUCGCUUGGGGGCGGCAGUGUCGCAGCCAACUCGGCGCUGCAGUGGACAUGAUUAUUUCAAAGGACCUGUUCCUCCUCGGCGACCAAGACUACCUGCGCCUCCCCAACAACGAGAAGCGCCAGCAGCGGGCAAUGGGACGCCCGAUCAUCAAUGCUCCCAGAGUGGAAAGUUCAGCGCUACAACUGGUGUGUCCCUUGGAUUCUCGGCCCGUGCAACUGGUCUUCCGAAAUUUGCAAGUCGUCAAGGACAAACGCUCCCUCCUGCGCGAUGUAUCCGGUAUCGUCAAACCGGGCGAAUUGCUUGCUGUCAUGGGACCUUCAGGUUGCGGCAAGUCCACGCUGUUGAACUGUCUGUCUGGUCGCAUCGGGCUCGACGGCGGUGAGAUUUGGCUGAACCGGGAGAGGCUCACAAAGAGAUGGCGCCGGCGGAUCUGCUACGUGCAACAGCAGGACAUCUUCUUUCCAGAUCUCACCCUCAGACAGACUUUAGAGUACCAGGCUCGGCUGAGGCUUCCGGACACCCUCUCCCACUCGCAAAAGAUGCAGUGCGUCGAUCACAUCAUCGAGGUUCUCGACCUCGGCACCUGCCAGGACACCAUUGUCGGUGACUACACGAAGCGAGGAUUGUCGGGAGGAGAGAAGAAAAGGACGAGUAUAGCCUGCGAAUUGCUUACGAAUCCGUCGUUAAUGUUGCUGGACGAGCCAACGAGCGGGCUGGACUCGCACUCGGCCCAGGCCCUGAUAUCCCGGCUGAAGAUGUACGCCGAGCAGGAGGGCAAGAGCAUCGUUAUCACGGUCCACCAGCCGAGCUCUCGCAUGUUUCACACCUUCAACAAACUACUGCUGCUCAGCAGGGGCCAGAUCGCCUACUACGGUACCACGGCCAACGUCGGGAGAUUUUUUUCCGGCAUCGGGCUCACCCUUCUGCCGCACUACAAUCCCGCCGACCUCAUACUGGAGCAGAUAAAAGGCCCGGAGGAGGUGAGGGAGCGCAUCGUCGUGGCGGCCAGAGCAGCGCGCCAGGGUCCCGACUGUCCGCCCGAGUUGCGUCCCGACUACAACCCCAGCCAGCAUCCGCUCUGCGAGCAUCUCAUCCACUACCACGAGCACCACAUCACGCACAAUGGCAAAGAGGAAGAGGGACGCACGCUCUGGCUGGACACGCAGAGCCACGCGAGCAGCAACGCCAGCUCGGCCGACGACGAUUACACCUGGCAGUGGCCCACCAGCUUUUGGUCCCAGUUCAAAGUAUUAUCGGAGAGGAAUUUCCAGGAGGCGAGGCCGCGGAUGUUAUCCCGGCUGAAUUGGCUGCAGACCGUGGCGUUGGGCGUGUUGGCCGGUCUCCUCUGGUUCCGGCUGCCCAGGACCGAGGCGUCGCUCCACGACAUCCAGGGCUGGAUGUUCUUCAGCACGACCUAUUGGAUGCUCUUUGCUCACUUUAGCGCCCUCUCGAGCUUUCCUCCGGAACGAGAGGUGAUAAACAAGGAACGGCUGUCGGGCUCGUACCGGCUAUCGGCGUACUACCUCGCCAAGAUGGUCGGCGAGUUGCCGCUCACGAUAACCCUGCCUGCGGUCUACCACAUAAUCAGCUACCCGAUGCUCGGCUUUCACAGCUUCGUCGUUUUCGUCACGUUACUCGCCUUCCUCCUACUCAACACGAUAGUCGCCCAGAGCGUGGGUUUCUUCGUGGGCGCCUGCUGUCUGGAUCUACAGGUGAGCAUAACCGCGUCGGCUCUCUACACCCUGGCGACCCAGUUGUUGGGCGGCUACUUGGCGACCGCAGUGCCACCGUGGCUCGCCUGGGCGCGCUACGUCAGUAUGGUCCAUUACGCGUACCAGAACAUGCAGAUCCUCGAGUUUGGCGUCGGCGAGCCCAUCGUUUGCUCACAUCCGAGCAAGUUCCUCGAGUGCAGAAACGGCACGACGAUACCCGUGUCGGCGAUACUCGCAAAUCAGGGCAACGGUAGCUACAAGGGCUCGUACGGGCUGUCACUGUGGGCCAACACGGCUGUCCUGCUCGCAUUCCUCGUCGUCUUCAGGACGAUGGGCUACCUCGUGCUGCGCUACUAUCGCGUGCCCAAGUGAAUUGCCUCGCGAUGACGCUCCUGUUGUCACUGAGCCACCGUUACUACCUACUAUUAUAUGCUACCCGUCGUCUAAGACGAA